UGUGCAAUCAGAUCGCCAUAGACACCAUUACAAAUUAACCAGGACGAAAGAAAGCUACAUUAUACAACACCUCAACCUAACUGAUCCCAUGGUCUCAGACUUAACUCGGAUUAAAAGCCAGUGUGAAAAAGUGAGUUUUCAGGAGGGGUUUAAAAGACCGUACAGACUCUGAAGAACGAAUGUCAGAGACUGGGGGCAACCACAGCACAAGCCCGAUCCACUCUGUGCCUUAAUUUGGCCGUCGUCUGCAUCAAGAGCAUCUGGCUGGAAGAUCUCAGAGCUCACAAGCUUUUUUUGGGUUGUGAGACUUAAGUGGAACAGUUAAGUAAUUGGGUCCCAUGCCAUUUAAAACUUUGAACGUGAGUAAAAGAAUCUAGAAUCCAAUUUUUACUGGAGUGAUAUCAGAUUUGCUAAACUUUUCUUCCUAUUUUGAUGUGGAAUAAGAAGUGUCACGUUGUAAAUUUGUGAAGCUUAAAACACCGUCGGCUUUAUUACAACUACACACUAAACGUCUCAGCAUACUGUUCACUCACCAUAUCAUGGAUUUGCCAGUAGGUAAACGUUUAAAAUUCCCCUCCUUUUUUCAUUAAUGCGUGAAUACUUGUGUUGAUUAAAACACUAAAAAAAAAUAAAAAUAAAGCGGCUCCUUUUAACACAUGUAAAAGAUGAUCGGAUUAUUGAUUCGACAACCCCGAUUUCUAGUUCAAACCUUUUAAUCCAAAUCCAAAGCGUGAAGCAUGACUGAUUUAGAAUUAGGGGACUUACUGGGAGACUCCGGAGGCACGUGCGGAGGGAGCUACCCUGCUUUGAGACGACCACUUUGCAUUAUGAGAUGAAACACAAACAAGAGGAGGAGGAGUGGACAGCAGAGGAGACACAAAGGUCAGCCUCUUGCUCAGAGAGGAGAGGUAGAUUACGGACAACGUCGCGGGACAGACAAGAUAUCUGACGUUUUGGCCAUCGUUUCAGCUGCGUUAUUAAAUUAGUUAUAGCGCAUAGUUUUGGAGCUGCUGCUCACAGGGGCAACAUGACAAAGCAGGUCUGCGGCUCGCCUUUCCUGAAGCCCUUCUUUCUGAAGACACCCGUCAGAGUCAGCUCGCUGCAGCAGAGACGACACACGCUCCCCGCCAGCGAGUUCAGAAAUCUCACCUCACAGGAUGCAAUCAGCGUGUUCGAAAUUGAAAGAGAAGCCUUCGUGUCGGUCUCUGGCGAGUGUCCCCUUACGCUGGAUGAGGUGCUUAAUUUCCUGGGACAGUGUCCCGAGCUGUCUCUGGGUUGGUUUGAGGAGGGCCAGUUGGUGGCCUUCAUCAUCGGCUCCGGUUGGCACAAGGAAAGGCUUUCGAAGGUAUUAACGCUGUCCAAAAUUAAAAAUUCCUGUAAAAGCAUUCGCCUCUGCUACUCAUUAUUUAACAUCCUCGAUGACGGAAAUCUAAUCCCUGUUCCCCAGGAGGCCAUGACCCAGCAUGUCCCGGACACCCCCACCGUGCACAUCCACGUGCUGUCGGUGCACCGCCACUGUCGACAGCAGGGCAAAGGCUCCGUCCUUUUGUGGCGCUACCUGCAGUACCUGCGGUGCAUGCCGGGCCUCCGCCGAGCUCUGCUCAUCUGCGAGGACUUCCUGGUGCCCUUCUACCAAAAGGCCGGCUUCAAGGAGAAAGGCCCGUCUGAGAUCUCCGUGUCCAACAUGCAGUUCCAGGAGAUGGAGUACAUGGUGAACGGGCACGUGUACGCCCGACGGAACAGUGGCUGCUAGUCAGCAGCACCAGCUGGACUCAAUGCAACAGACCUGUGCAAUGUUGGACUGGGCUCGACAUCUAGCCGAUGAGAAAGUGGAGGCGUCAGUGUGGACUGAGUGGACAGAGUGGAUUCAGGCAACAAAAUGCUGCUUUUUACUGAUGAUGCAGCUCAUCAGACAUAAAAAAAAAAAACAUGUUGUAUGACAUCAGUAGCACAUCAGCUUUGAUCUUAAUGCUUUUCAGUUAAC